ACAGUGUUCAGCUGCAGACUGUGGACUCUCAGUAAACACUGAUAGUUAGUUAUUAACACAGCAGACACAGACUGCACCAUCGUCUCUGUCCUCAGCUUCAUAUCUUCACAUCUUCUCCAGACUUCAACUUCGGUUUGAUUGACAUGUCCCGCCUCUUCCUGUGCGUGUCCGUCAUCGUGGCUCUGUGGUCGGCGUCCGUGCUCAGUAUGGCAGUGUUCUCGGACGCUCCGGAGGCUCACAUGCUGCUCCGGUCCCGUCGGGCGAACUCGUUCCUGGAGGAGCUUAAACCUCCCAAUAGGGAGCGUGAGUGUGUGGAGGAAAGGUGUGACUUUGAAGAAGCCAGAGAGAUUUUCCAAACCAGGGAAGCCACACUGGAGUUCUGGACAGUGUACACGGAUGGGAACCAGUGUCAGUCCCACAUGUGUGAUCAUGGAGACUGUGUGGAUGGACACCAAACAUACUCCUGCCGAUGUAACCAAGGAUACGAGGGAAAAUACUGCAAAGAUCUUCAAUUAUCGACUAACUGCUCUGUGAAUAACGGCGGCUGUGACCACGAGUGUACGGAGAGCGAGGACGGCCUGAGGAGGACCUGCAGCUGUGUGGACGGAUACAAGCUGCACGACAACCACAGGGAAUGUGUCCCGAAAGGUGGCUCGUCCUGUGGUCGGCUGCUGAUCGGCAGGUCCUCGUACACCCAGCCGAGGGAUGGCCUGCUGCCCUGGAUGGUGGGAGGGGAGGUGGGCAAGAAGGGCGAGAGUCCGUGGCAGGUGCUAUUGCUGAAUGCUUUUGGGCGUUUUCACUGCGGAGGCGUCCUCAUCGAUGAGAGCUGGGUGCUGACAGCUGCUCACUGCCUCGAGAACAACCUGAAAUUCAGUGUACGAUUGGGUGACUACGAGCGGCUCAGAUCAGAAGGCAGCGAGGUGACUCUGAAGGUGGCAAAGACCUUCAAGCACCCGAAUUACUACAACGGCCAAACGGUGGACAACGACAUCGCCCUGAUGCGUCUGGAGAACCCCGCCCCGCUUUCAGAGUUCAUCCUCCCCAUUUGCAUGCCGGGGAGCGAGAUGGCCAAGCGGGUGCUGCACCAAAAUGGAACCAUCACCGUGGUGACCGGCUGGGGCAAAGAUGACAGCAACCGCUACAGCUCGGCACUCAACGUCAUCAAAGUGCCGCUGGUCACUCACAGCGUCUGCAACAGCCACAUGUCCCACAAUGUCUCUGACAACUUCCUGUGCGCCGGGAUACUUGGGCAGAGGAAGGACGCCUGCGAGGGGGACAGCGGCGGACCGAUGGUGACUCUGUACCGAAACACCUGGUUCCUGGUGGGUCUGGUGUCCUGGGGUGAGGGCUGCGGCAUGGAGGACAAGCUGGGCAUCUACACCAAGGUGUCCAACUACAAUGAGUGGAUCAACAGCAUUCGUGAAGAAUGGGACAAAACUCAUCAUCCACCAGGACACCAGGGCGUCUAAACCCACCUCCACCCCCGACAGCUCACCCAGUUUGGUCUGUUAAACCCACAUAAAGGCCCUCGGUGCAGCAGAAAUGUGAUACACUUUGUUAAAUAAACUGAUUCAGUCUCAAGAGGUUUGCUUUCCAUUUUCACCACAGCUGAGCGUCAUUUAUUUGAGCCACUUUAGUGAUGUGGUUCAAAACUUUAGUCCAGAGGGAAACAUCUCAACAACUACAGUCUGGAUUAGAAUUAAGUUUAGUUGACUUUUCUACCACAGAAAGGAAUUCAGAUUUUUACGUUGAUUUCCAUGUGUCUAAAUCAGGUAGAACUAUAUUUAUAUGACAUCUGUCCCCCUCUUAUAAAACAUCCUUCUUUAUCUAGCUGUGAAGAUCCACCAGACUAUGUGUUUUGCGUCAUUUGACCCCAACAACACACCAUUUUGUUGAAAUGAAGUUUAGUUCACUAUUUGGUGGAGCUGUUAACAACUCAUAGACAUCUGAGAUGUGAGCCGACUACACACUGCUGACUGGUUUCAUCUUUAACAAUGUGUUGUAUUUUAAAAGCUUGUUAUAUUAUCCAUUGUGUCAAAUAAAUGGAGUGGAGUAGAAUUAUAUUUCCCUCUGAGAUGUAGAAAGUAGCAUCACAUGGAAAUGUACUUUCCACCACAGUCCAAUUGCUUUUCCUGCUUUGACAAGUCCAAACAUUGUUUAGUAAGAGAUCCAAGUUAUUACAAUUUAUCCUCUGGGGAACAUGAACGUCUGUAAAAAAACAAAA